AUGCAGAUUGCAAUUGAUCAGUAUCAUGUUGGUAUAUGUGUAUCUUGUGAGAAUUGCCUAGAUAUAGCCUUAAGUCAUAUCAAAUCUGAGAUACAUGUGACGCAGUUGCGUACUUUCCUCAAUGUGUGGCCUAUCCACUUCCAACAUUUCUUGCUGAUUUCUUCCUCCGCUGAAAUAUGGUUUGUCCUCUCUCACAGUAGGUUAUUGCUAACAGUGUCUGGCCAACUCAUCCGAAAUAUUUUACGUAGACAAUUGUUAAUAAACAAUUGUAUUUUCUGGAUGAUAGCUUUCGUAGUUCUUCAAGCUUCUGCCCCAUAUAGUAGAACUGUUUCGACACUUGUAUUGACAAUUCUGACCUCGGUGUUGAUUAACAGACAAUAUGCCUCUCUCGUUCUGCUGAUCCGCGCUUGCACAUCUGCAUCAGAUCCAUCGUGUUCCUCAAUGAUGCUGUCUAGAUAUGUAAAGCUUUUUACAUCUUCCAAACCUUCUCCGUCAAGUUGUAUAUUAACAACUAAUCUUUCAAAUGAUAGUAAUAAUCAUAAUAAUAAUGAUGAUAAUAAUAUGAAAGGAUCUAAUCCAAUUAAUUGUAGUCUUACAAAAAGAAUCAAUUCAACAACUGAUAUUGAUAUAAAUCCAGUAAAUUAUUCAACUUAUCAAUCAGAUCCAUUAAAUUUUCUUUAUUUCAAUGAUAAUAUAACAUGGUAUCCAAAUUUAUCAUCAUCAACUUAUUGUACACAAUCAUCAACAUUAUCCACAUUAACAUUAACAUCAUGUUCAUCAUUAACAAUUCCAUCUUCAUGUAUUAUGAAUACAACAGUAUCGAAUGGUAUAAUACAUUUUGAUAAACAAGCAUAUCAUUCUUCUUCAUCUUCACCAAUUUGGUAUCAUAAUAAUACUAAUAAUUUAACAACAAAUGAAUUAUGGUCAAAUAUUGGAGAAUAUAGUGAAAUAGUUGAUAAGAUAAAUUUACAAUCUGAUGAAUCUUCACAUCAACAUCAUCAUCAUCAACAACCACAAGAACAACAACACCAGUUGGAUACUAAUCAAUCUCAACAUAAAUCGAUUGAUAAAAAAAUUGAUUUUAUUCAAUCAUAUGAUAAUCCUCUUAGUUUAAUUGAAACAUUAUCACCAUUAACUUUAUCUACAAUAACAUCGAAAGUAACAUUGAAUACAAAUGAGAAAAAUGAUUCCAAUCAAAUUCAACGUUAUUUUACAGAAACUUUAAAUAAUCCAAUUAUAUCGAUUGAUGAAACAUUAAAUCAAUCUAUGAAUACUAUUACUACAAGUAAUAUUAGUAGUAGUAUUAGUAGUAUCAGUAGUAGUAAUAGUAAAUUAUGUCAAGAUCAUGAGUAUUCAGUAUGUUUAUCAGAGAAUUUAACAUUUUUACCAACAUAUUCAACGAAAUUAUUUAAUAAUUCACAAUUAUGUACAGAAUAUUUCAAUUCAGAAAUUCAUCCUCCUCCUCCUCAUCAUCAUCAUCAUCAUCAUGAUCAUCCUCAUCAUCAUUUCCCUUAUAAUCAACAUCAUUAUACACAAUUUCACCAACAAUAUCGUACAUCAUCAACUACAGAUUAUAUACAAUUAAAUCCUAGUGAACAAUCACAUCAGUUACAAAAUAAUCAAAAUGAAAUAAAUUUAAAAAAGCAGAUUAUGUCAUCAUUAUCAAUUACAUCAUCACCAUCAUCUUCAUCUUCAGCAUCAUCAUCGUCAUCAGCAUCAACAUCAUCGAGAGGAUCUAAUGUUCCAUUACCAGUACCAGCUAUGAUAUAUCAACAUCAACAACAAUUACAACAAUUAAAUAAUCAUUCAAAUUUUUUACAAAAUUCAUCAAAUUUAUCUAAACAAUCAUGUCAUCCAAAACCACCAUAUUCAUAUAUUAGUUUAAUUACUAUGGCAAUACAAAAUUCAACAACACAUAUGUGUACAUUAUCAGAAAUUUAUCAAUUUAUUAUUGAUUUAUUUCCAUAUUAUCGACAAAAUCAACAAAGAUGGCAAAAUUCAAUAAGACAUUCAUUAUCAUUUAAUGAUUGUUUUGUUAAAGUAUCACGUAGUCCAGAUAAACCAGGUAAAGGUUCAUAUUGGACAUUACAUCCAGAUUCUGGGAAUAUGUUUGAAAAUGGUUGUUAUUUAAGAAGACAAAAACGUUUCAAAGAUCCAAAACGUGAAAUAAGUCAUCGUACUCAACGAAAUAAUAAUAAUAAUAAUAGUGCUAGUAAUACUAAUAAUGUUAUCACAUCUUCGACAAUAUCAACUGACAAUAGAAAUACAAUAGAUGUUAAUUCCACUAGUGAAAAUACUAUUUUACACUCAACCAAUGAUCUUUUAAUAUUACCAACUGGUAUUAAACGUACAUAUUCAAAAACAGAUUGUAAUCCGUUAUUGAAUGUUGAACUCAAUGAUCAUAUAUUGUAUAAUAGGAUGAAACCAUUUCCUAUUGGUAUUACACCAGAUGCUAGUGAAGUGUAUGAUGAAGUAAAUGACGUAGAUGAUAAUGACGAUGGCGGAGAUGGAGAUGACGAUGAUGAUGACAGUGAUGGUGAUGAUAAUGAUGAUGUUGGAGCUCAGCAACAACGACAACAACAACAGCUAAAUGAUCUCAGUAGGACAACUAACAGCAAAGAUAACAAUUUUAUUGGAUCUGAUUUAAUGAAUAAUAAACAAACGGAUCAUUCAAUGAUCGAACAACAACACCAAUAUUACAAUUCUCAACAACAACAUCAUCAUCACAAUCAGCAAUCGAUCUCUCCAAAAUCUAGACAGCAUGUAAAACUUAAUGAAACUAAGAUUACAACUGAUAAAGUUGAAGAUAUUCAUGAGAAAUCAACAAAUAGAUUUAAAUCAUCACAAUUAUUUCUUUUAAGUCCUUAUGAUAGUCGAGAUUCAACAAGAUACAUUACAGAUAUCAUUUAUCCAGAAAGUAAUUAUGAGCAAAUGAAUCAUUUCGUUAAUUAUAAACUUCAUCAACCAUUUCAUAACCAUCAUCAUUCUAUUCAACAAUUGGAUAAUAAUUCAAAUAAAAUCAAUUAUAAUAAACAACAAUUAUCUACUUGUACUACGACUACUAAUAGUACUAGUACUACUACUUGUACUAAUCAAAUCAGUAGUAUACAUACAAAUAUGUUAGAUUUAUAUAAUCGUGUUGCUAAUUCACCAUCAGUAUACACUAGAAACAAUUCAUUAGUUGAAUAUUCAACAAAUGAAUUACGUAAUAGUCAAUUGGAUCAACAAUUUCCAUUGAAUUCAUUUCAUUUAUCACAACCUUUGCCAGCUACAUUACAUCAUAAUUCACAAGUAAACUUACCAACUGAAUUAUAUUAUGAUGAUAACAUUGAUUUUAGUAUACGCCGGUAUAAUACAAUGAAUAAUCCAAUUAAAUGUACAAAUAUUACAAAUAUAUUAAAUAAUAAUUCGAUUACUACUAUCUCUAUGACUACUACUACCACCACCACUACUACUACUACUAAUGUUACUAAUAGUGGUACUAAACCUACCAAUAAUGAUAAUUAUCAUGAAGUCAUUAUGAAUAAUUUAACUUUGAUGCCAACAGUAGGAAAAUAUUAUACUAUGAAUCAUAAUUGUCAACAAGGUGAAAAACAGUUUGAAUUAGAACAUGAAUAUCAUACACAACAACAAUAUCAUUACAAUGAAUAUGCGAUUAUUCAACAGUCCAUGUUAACAAAAUCAAAUGCUACAAUAACACCAUCUAUGACAACGUUGACGACGACAACAACGGCAACAACAUUACCAACAUCGACAAUAAUAUCACCAUAUUUAAGUCAUAACUAUGAACAUAUAUCAUUGACUGAUGAAAGUCCAUAUAUUUCAUGUAGUGAAGUAUCGUUUACCAACUCACUGAAUGUACAUAAUUUAUCUAACAUAAUUAAUGUUUCAAAUGUAGUAACACCAUCGGUUUCAUUAUCACCAAUAUCAUCUUCGUAUAUGCCAUCUUCUUUAACCAACUCUAUGUCAUCAUCAUCAUCAUUGUUAAAUAUUCCAACUGGAAUUAUUUCAUCUAAUUCUUUCCCUUCCACAACACCUUCAUCAUUAUUGUCAACAACAAUGAUAUUCACAAAUCCUUCAUAUGUGACAACAUCUGAAUCAUUUCGAAAUUUUCCUUCAGGAAUAUUAGAAUCAAAUACAUGGAAUACAAACUAUUUACAUUUAACAGAACAUAAAGAUAAUUUAUUAAGAUUUAGUAAAGAUAACAAAGAAAUUGAACAUCAUCAUGAUCAUUUAACUAUUCAAUGUCCCAAUAAUAGUAAACUAACAAAUGAACACUCUAAAGAAUGUAUCAACAGAAAAACUGACACUGAAAUUAAUAUCAAUAACAAAAUGACUGAUGAUAAUGGUGACGUUGGUGGUGAUAAUGAUGAUGAUGAUGAUGACGACGAUGACAAUGGAGACGAUGAUGAGGAUGAUGAGGAUGUUGGUGAUGAUGAUGAUGAUGAUGAUGAUGAUGAUGAUGAUAAUGUUAAUGAUGAAGAAGUAAUAAAUCGUUCUGACAAUCCAAAUAAACCAUUUUCUAUAGAUCAUUUAAUGCAUUUUCAAAAUCCUGAUUUAGAUAUAACAAAUACAACAAAUACAUUAUUACAAUAUGUUACAAAAACAGAUAUAUCUGUAUUUGAUAAAUUAAGAUCUUCAACAAUAUCUAUCAAUGUAUCUGCCUUCAAUGGUGAAAAUUUACUAUCAGGUAAGGUGAUAUGAUUUUUAAUUCAUACAUUGCAACAUACUCGUCUUUCUUUUGUUUAAGG